AUGGACAAUGACCCGCCCAAGAACCCGGACCAAAAGACGUUGCAUGUCUGGUCGAAGCCCAUAGACCCCAACGACCAAGCCCAGGGGCCGCAAGAUGGAUCGGGCGCGGCGUCUCCUGGCGGGCCGCGCAUCAAAGACGCAGUGGCCAUGAUCAAGAAGGAAGACUUUCUUAACGUCGCCAGCACCCCCUGCGCGCGGCAGGGCUUCCUCACCGGCAUUGCCUCGGGCGUCGGGAUGGGCGCGCUCAAGUUUAUCGCUCAGGGAAAUCCGGGCAGAGCAGCCAACUGGGCCGUCGUGACAUUCGUCCUGGGCAGCACAAUAUCCUACGAGGUCUGCCAAUACAAGCGACGCGUCGAACGGUUCCAGAUGAAGCGAAGCAUUGAGAUUGUCACCGAGGGCAGGAGAGAUCAGGCGCGAAAGGCGGCCGAGGCGGCGGCGAGCAGGAAAGCCGCCGAGGAGAGCAGACAGGCGGCCGAGGCGAGCAGGAAGGAGGCCGAGGAGAAAAACGAGCAGCUACGGGUGGAACAGGAGCGCACCAUUGCAGCGCGGAAUCCCUGGUAUAAAGUCUGGUAG